UUGACAAGAAGUGCCAAAUCGACGACCUGUGAGACCGUCUCUUUCGCCAAAUACUGCAACACUUCUAACGCCAAAGCGUUUGAGAUACUGCUUGCGAUCCGAUCGCACCGAAUNGGCAAAGGCACUCAGUGUCACCUCAUCUGUAAGGAAUUUGGUUUCAUUCACUUGAGUGCCGGCGACCUCUUAAGAGCCGAACGAAACACAGAGGGAUCACAAUAUGGAGAACUCAUUGAAACCCACAUAAGGAAUGGUACGAUAGUUCCCGUGGAGAUCACCUGUCAGUUGCUCGACAACGCCAUGAAGAGGUCGUCCGGCCAACAGAACGGAUCCGGGGAUCGAGUGUCCGGAAGCGGCGGCAAGUUUCUCAUCGACGGCUUUCCCCGCAAUCAAAACAAUUUGGACGGUUGGCAGAGAGAGAUGACACACAAAGCGGACGUCAAGUUCGUCCUCUUCUUCGACUGUCCGCGAGAUGUAUGCGUCCAGAGAUGUCUGAAGCGCGGAGAGGCCGGCAGUGGUCGCAGUGAUGACAAUCCCGAAAGUAUGAACAAACGGAUCAACACUUAUCUCAUCGACACGAUGCCUAUCAUUAAGUACUACGAAAAGUCUAAUCUCGUGCGCAAAGUGGACGCCAAUCUUCCUCCGGACCAAGUGUUUCAAGAAGUGCGACAAAUCUUCGAGAAACUCAAUUGACACCAAAAAUCCAGUUAUCAAUUGACGAUUAGAAUAGAGUUUAUA